GUAGAAGGGGGAUUUUAGGUAAGCGAUAUGGGUGUGGAGGGAAAUGGUCAGGAGGAGGCAUGGAAGGUACCAGAAUGUCCAGAUGGGCGCAGAUGCAACUCUUUUUAAACGAGAUUAUGCUAUUGUUGAGAAUAACAUUGCUAUUAACGCUUUUGCUUAUUAGCAUUACUAUGAAAUAGCCUUGUCAGAGAAUAAAUCAGAUUUGUAUGUUAAAUUCAUAGGGCCAGACCCAAUUUUUGAGGUCUUCUCAACCAAAGCUCUAGCUGAAUUAAAGAAGCUAACCCCUGAAAGUUUGAUAGAGAUAAUGACUUCUUGAUUAAGAUUGUAUGGAAAAUAUUAGCUUUAUAUAAGAAAUGAGAUGAUUUAAAAUCUCUAAAUAUUUCCGAAAAGCUUCACAAGUAUGAAAUCGAAUAAGAAUUGGAGAGAUAGAAGAAAUAGCCUCAUGAAAGCGAUGGGAAUCAACUAUGCAUCUGGGUACAUCCAGAAGUUUCUCAGUGCUAUGGAAAAGAUUUGAGCAGAUGGAAGCCAGGCAGUAAGGUCAACCUGACUAAAGAAUUUGCUGGUGUAGAAUUCUUGUUUAUGACAAAGGUCUUGUUUGGUAAAGAAUUCGAUCUUUACAAUUAUUUAUUUGAUUAUGAACAUGCUAAUGGUCAGAUGGAUAUGCAAACAAUAAUUCAAAAAAUUCUUCAAGAUACCUUUUCAGGAUACAUGAACUUACUUGGAACUUUGUUUCCUUUCAUUAAUGACUACAAUCUUCUCCCUCCUUAUACAAGGAUUGUCAGAAAUGUUGAUAGAUUGACACAGAGAUUGCAAGAUUUUUUGAAAACUUGUGAUGAUGAAGAUGCCGUUUAUCUGAAACUUAAAAAUGAAAAUGACAUGUUGUUGCAACUAUUCGCUGGUUCGGAUACAACUUCUCGUUCAGUUGUAGCUUUGUUUUACUACAUCAAAAAGUAUCCUGAAGUCUAUGAUAAACUUGUGAAGCUUUACGAACAAGAAGGAAUCACUAAGAAUGGUGAUCUACAAAAAGACAAAGUCACUGUUGAAGGGUUUGAGAAUUGUGAAUAUGCUGAGUAUGUUAUCAAAGAACUGUUGAGGCUUGAUGUUCCAACAGUGGAGACUGUAUCUUACAAGUCGUUGGAAGACAUAGAAAUUUGUGGAGUUCCAAUUAAGAAAGGAAACUUCUUUACCCUUGGAGUAGCUGGGUUCCACCUUGAUAAAAAGCAUUGGCAUGAACCUAUGAAGUUUAUUCCAGAAAGAUUUGACCCUGAAUCAGAGUACUUCAACUCUCCAACAACAGGCAAGGCUAGAGACCCUCUCAGCUUUGUUCCAUUUUCCACUGGAUUGAGAGGAAGUCCUGGACAAACAUUCGCAAAACUGACGAUGAAGAUAGCAUUACCAUUCUUCCUAUCAAAUCUUGAUUAUGAUGUAAAUUUAGAUGAAGGGCUAUUGGAGAACUAAAAGGUAAACUUAAGCAACACGUCU